AUGGGUGCACCAAAUGACUCGUGUAGGGGAGCCCGUGACAGCGUUUCUCAGCCAGUCAUGAAUGCCUCAGAUGACUCGGGUAGGGACGAUUCCAGCAUCGCUGUACCGCCUGUCGGUGAUCCCUCGCUUGACACUAGUACCGAAGCUAUUGAUUUCUUCGCCUCGUCCAUUCUUGACGCCCCGCUCGACGAACACAUUGAAGAUUGUGAGAGCGGAUCACCACCUAAAACUAAAAUCGAUGCAACGCAUGGUGGAGACGCCCAAUACUUUACCCAAAGUCCCCCCAUCACCCCCGGUAGUAGUGUUGAAGCAUCUACCUUGCAGCCGGGAAACGCGUUUGAUCGAUCGCCCAUCGCAGCAGGCGUACGCCGUCUAUUCGUUGGCAGUAGCUCAGAUGAGUUGGAGUCUCUGAAGCAUAUGUCCAGUGUGUAUAUGACACCCCCUGAUACCAUUUCGACUCGCCAGGCAGGCAAGCGUUCAACAGCCAACGAUGGUCACGUACGGGUUAGGUACAAGUCAAGUAGCUUCGAGAUUUCCGCAGAUGAGCAAGAGUUCGCAACCAGUGCACCUCCCAUCCCGCUCGCAACCGAGCUAGUUGACACCAAGCGUAAGUUUGUAGUGUCAGCUAUGAAAGGAGGGCACGUCCUUGAAGCUGUGUAUACGCUGCCUGAGGAAUGCGAGCAUCUUGGGGAGUUGUACGCCUCAAAAGGUGCCUGGGCGCUGAAUCCGGACGGCACAGUACAACCACGGUCGCGGACGCUGAUGAGUGGUGCAGCUGUUGACGGCGAGACAGUGGCUGCCUGGGUGCAUACAGAUGGCGUGAAGCUCAAGCAAUCGAGCACCCUAAGUGUGAGUACGACCACAGUCGAUGGGCAAUCGAUUGGUAGUCAGAACACCACUGAGUAUCUGCAUGGUGCAGACGUCGACAAGAGUGAUAGCAUACCUGACAUGUUAUCUGACAGCAUACCUGACACGUGCCCUGACAGCAUAUCUGACACGUGUACUGAUGAAAGUAUUCCUGACACGUGUACUGAAUCCUUAGAGGAAUACGAAAAGGCGAUAAAAGGUGGCUGUCUUUCGCCAGGUAUGAUUCCUACAUUCGUCGACAGUGUGCUUCCGCAUCCCGGGAAUGUAUCUGCUGCGUCAAGAAUGGGUGCGAUCGGUUCAGAUCCACAAAUAUCUACGAUGACCAGAGGAGGAGUUCAGGCUUCGGUCGGUGUGCGACAACCGGACAGUGAAGACAAAGGGAAAGGGCGGUCUAAAGAGAGCCCAGCUCUCACCGAGGAUCGGACAGUCGACGGUGACGAAGGCAUGCCACUUGAUACUACGCUCACACACAGCACACACCUUAAUGCUGAGGAAGACGCACAUAUAUAUGUAGAUCAGCAUGACGGCAAUAUUGGUUUGGUACACAACAGAGCGUCUGAAGUUAGAGGCAACGCACACUCUCAAAACAAGCAGCCGACAAGUAAAGAUGAGAUCGAACACGGUACAUUACAUAAAGAUAUACAUGUUACACAGAAGUCCACCGACCAGUUUGGAAGCGAAGAAGGGGGUGGGGAGGGCAAAGACGAUGUGCUUCGUGAUACUGCAAGUGCUGCUGACAUUCCCCUACCGAAUGUCGGUGUGUCGAAGUUGGCCGAGAUAGCCUCCAGGUUACUUCAAAAGAAUACAAAAUCUGCACGUAGUACCGUGUCUAGGGCUGCCAACUCAUCACGCACUCAGUCUGACAGUUAUGAUGAGGACCGUUCUUUCCCUGUUGCCAUAUCUACUGUAGACCCCCAAGCAUCGAUAGAUGUCAAGACCGCGAGAGAACUACCUAUCACAGCCGAUGCAUCCCUUCAGAACACUCGCGGGGUAUCCAUGGAGACCGAAUACGUGGGCGGGCGCGCACGUGGUGUGAAGCGCUCAGCAGUAGUACCUCAGUCGAUCUCGAGAUCUGAGGAUACAGAGAGCUGCUAUAUGGUCUACAGAGGGUGUGACCGCACCUUCGAUACCAUCCAGAAACGCGACCAGUACUUACAAACGGGCACUGGGCAGAGACCCUACGAAUGCGCAGUCCUCAAGUGCCGCCAGGGGUUUGCACAAGCGACUGAGGUGAACGCACACUAUGGCACGGAACACGCCCAGCUGAUCAAACGGCUCAAACUCGCGCGCCAGGCAGAGGCAAAGGCCCGGGCGCAAAACAUCACGGCACGUGAACAUGCCGAUUGGGAAAGGGUGAAGCAACAUGCACAGGAAGCGCAGCGUAGGGCUCGUAGACACGGGGACGACAGGGACGCGGCAAGCGGAACUGCGAAAACGGUGAAAAGAGGUAAAACGCCUCAGCGUGCACGGCCUGCGAAGGUGAAACAGAAGAAGAGUACGGAGAAGCAUACAUCGAAGUUACCAAACCGUGUGGUUCGCAAUAAAAUGGCGUUCCAUAGAGCGUUGAAAGCAGUCGCGACGAGCGGCAAUAAUGGCAAACGUACAGCGGUGGGUCGCCCUAAGACUAAGACAGCCGCUGCCGCUACCGCUACCGCGCACAAGACUAAGACAGCUACAGGUGCUGGCACGACCAAACCAUCAAGCCAAGCGGACAAGACGAGCUCAGUAACUAAAGUGAGCAAGGUUGGGGACGCGCACAAACGCCAGCCAAUCCGUGUGGCUUACCCUAUACACCCCCCCUCGCCUGAGAGACACUACACGUGCCCGGAACUCAAUUGCGGGAAACGCUACGCCAGGAAGCACUACUACACUCAGCACAUGAAAAAGGCGCACCAGAUCAAUGCGUAGGAUUGUGUGACGAGACUAUCAAUGACAACGACUACA